AUGUUCGCGGCGAAGAGACUGGGGAAGGAACUGGUCAAGGUAAAGUUCCACAUGCUACCCAACCCAACUACACCGCGGCAUACUUGUCAUAACCUCCUCGACAAACCUCGAGAUGUCCUGCCUGCACAACAAAAACUCCCUCCAGGCAUCGAGCUGGUCAAAGCAGACGACUUCCGAGAAUGGCUGGUCGACAUACAAGUCCUCGACGCCAAUCCUCUCUACAUGAACCAAGUGUUCCGCCUCAGUUUCCUGUUCUCAGACUCAUACCCCAUUGAAGCACCAGAAGUCGUCUUCAUCAAAGUAUCACCCUCCGCCACCGACCCGGCGAAACCGCAACAACAGCAGUCCCAGUCCCAGUCCCAGUCCCCGACCCCCUUUCCCGGCCGUCCCAUUCCGAUCCACCCGCACAUCUACUCCAACGGCAUCAUCUGUCUCGACCUGCUGGGCUCGGUGGGGUGGUCGCCCGUGCAGUCGGUCGAGUCGGUCUGCAUGAGCCUGCAGAGCAUGUUGACGGGGAACACCAAGAACCAGAGACCCCCCGGCGACGAGCAGUUCUGCCAGAGCAUGGGCGUCCGCGGGCCGGACGGGUGGAGCGGGUACAGAGGCGGCGGUCGCGGGAGAGGGCUGAGGGAUGUACGAUUUGCUUAUGACGACGACUCGGUAUGA